UGUUAGGGCACCCCGAACGAAGGGGUCCUUUAAUUCUGACGGCGUCAGUAGUGAUGAUCAUUAGAAUAAUUUUAUAGACUCUUUUUAAUAUAUAAUUUAAUGUUUAGACAUCUGUACCAAUGCGUAGUUCGUAUUUUAAGCCACAAAAUGGCUCAAACUACAAAUACACCAAGUUAAAAGCUUCCAGUCAUAUUAAAGCUGACUCGGCGGGCUCAGACAUGUCUCAGAAGCCCCAGAAAAAUGCCCAGACGACCCAUUACAUCGAGCUGGGAGGUUACCAGUACUGGCCUGUACUGGUGCCCAGAGGCAUCAGACUGUACACGUACGAACAGAUCCCCGUUUUCCUCAGAGAUAAUCCAUACAUCACAGAUGGAUACAGAGCCUACCUGCCAUCCAGGCUCUGCAUUAAGAGCAUCUUCAUCCUGUCCAACGAGACGGUGAAUAUCUGGAGCCAUCUGUUUGGCUUCCUGCUCUUCUUCUGUGUCGGGGUGUACAACAUGGCGUCGGUGCUGCCGUCCAUCGGUGCCUCCCGAGAGGAUUACGUCAUCUACUCCAUCGGGCUGUUCUGCUUCCAGCUGUGCAUGCUUUGCUCCGUGGGCUACCACCUGUUCUGCUGCCAUCGCUCGGAGAAGACCUGCCGCCGCUGGAUGGCGCUGGAUUAUGCCGGCGUUUCCAUCGGCAUCCUGGGAUGCUACGUACCGGGCGUCUUCUACACGUUCUACUGUAACAACUACUGGCGGCAGGUGUACCUGGUGACGGUCCUGGCCAUGAUCCUGGCCGUCUUCUUCGCUCAGAUCCACCCGCUCUACCUCAGCAAGCAGUGGAAGCAGCUGCGCUCGCUCAUCUUCUGCUCGGUGGCCGGAUACGGCCUCAUCCCCACCAUCCACUGGAUCUGGAUCACCGGCGGCUUCUCCGCCGAACUCGUCCAGGCUUUUGUUCCACGAGUCCUGGUGAUGUACCUCAUUGCAGCUUUAGCUCUUGUUUUCCAUGUCUCCAAGGUUCCUGAGCGCUACUUCCCAGGUCAGCUGAACUACCUGGGCUCCAGCCACCAGGUGUGGCACGUACUGCUGGUUCUGAUGUUCUACUGGUGGCACCAGUCGUCGGGCUUCAUCAUGGCGUACAGACACAGUCAGCCGUGCCCCGACGCUCCACAACACGCUUAGCUCACUGCGCUGCACACGGCGGGACCCGACUCUGAACGUAAAAUCCUUGUUUGGUCCGACCUCUCUUCACCUGAGGAGGACGCAGACCUGCAGAACCGCUUCAGGACGUCAGGUGACCCGGCUGCCAUGGGACUCUGUUCACAUCGGGCAUCGUUAGCGGCUCUGCUAACGACGCCGCUUCUGCUCAGAUCGCUGAUCAAACGUCCCGUCUGCACAGGAUCAUUUAGAACAUUUUACCUAAUAAGAAGAAGCAAAAACUGACCGUCAGAGCUAAAUAAUGUUAAAGGAGUGUGGAGGAGCGGGACUGUUUGGUCGUUUUACGUGUUAGGAAACAGAUUUUUGUUUUUUUUGUGUGGAAGAACUCGAUGCUCUUAAACUUGGAGCAGGAAGUGAUGAGCAACUCUGCCUCUAGGGGUCGCUACUGAGCCUGAAGUGUAACCGGCGCUGGAUUCUCUGUCCUCUGCGCUCAUUUUGGUUACCGGUUCUAAUCCUGUGUUUGGUUGACGUGUGAGGAUUCCCCCGGGCGGACGGGAGAAUCGGAUAAAAUCAGUGUUUCCAGUCGUUUUAGCUCCUUUAGGGUGAUGUGCAAUGUGGUAGUUUUUAGCGUUGAAUGCUAAGCUGAGGCUGGGCGGUAGCCUAAUCAGACGCAUCCGUUUCACGUUCCUCCUUCGACUUCGUUAAGCAGCAAAACGCGCCUCGCAAGAGAGUUUGUCUUUUAAAAAUCAGCUUUUGAUUUGGCUCAAAUACUCUGGAGUUACACUGAAGUAUUCAGUCUGAAACAUACUUAAAGCAGACAAGAAAAUCUGAUAUAUGUCUGUAAAAUGAUCUGGCUUUACACCUACAUUUUCACCAAAGUAACAAAAAAAAAUGUUACGUCUGCCCCGGAUGACAAAUGAGAACGACUUUGGUUAAUUUUGCUGUAAAUUCCUUACUUAUUUCUACUUUAAACAGGGUGCUUGCUCUUUUUCCUAAUUAAAAUUC